CGCGGGCACGGCUGUGCCCGCCGGCGGGGGCAGGGGGAGCCGGCGCGCCUAGCCGCGGGGAUGGCUCAAGUUCUGUACAUCUCAAGAGUGACUGGCAUGACCCCUUUGGAAGUGGAAGAAAGAAAGAAGUUGGUUUCCUUUGGGGGCUCCCCGCCCUUGAGAGGCGCCUGUCAUAAGGUGUGAGCACGUCAUGCACAGACUGUGUGCCUGAAGCUGCCUCCUGGGAGUAUCCCAUAGCACCCGUCUCCACCCCCCGGAAUGCAGGAGUGCAUGCUAAACACCCUCCCAGCCUCCUCACACAGAAGGAGCCAUUCACAAGUACAACGUGGCCCAGCUGCAGAGCAGUUUCCAGGAAGGCAUGCCCCAGACGCUGAGUGCCACAAGCAUGGUGACUCCCUGUGGCUUCAGCCCCCACCUUCAUUCAUCUGGGGAGCAAGGAGGACUGAUCUUUCAGGAUGGAAACCUGAGCUCCGCAUCGCUCGAUGCUCUGAUCCAGCACCUCAUCCCUACCACAGAUUACUAUCCAGAAAAAGCCUACAUCUUCACCUUUCUGCUGAGUUCCAGACUCUUCAUCGAGCCCCAUGAGCUCUUGGCCCGAGUCUGUCACCAAUGCAUUGAACAGCAGAGACUGGAUGAACCUGUGCUGGACAAGGCCCGUGUCCGAAAAUUUGGUCCCAAGCUCCUGCAGUUAUUAGCAGAGUGGACAGAAACAUUCCCUUAUGACUUUCAGGAGGAGAAGAUGGUUGGUCACCUGAAGGACAUGAUUCGCCGAAUUGCACCCUGUGAUGAGGCUUACUGGAAAAGGAUGAAUCAGCUCCUGCAGGCACUGAAUCAGAAGCUUGCCACUCUUAGCCAUGGACAGGAAGGUCUAGUCAAAAUCAGUCCUACCGUCUCAGACAAGCUUGUCUCUUUUAAGACGAAGCCUCCCCCCUCAAUUCAGCGAGAGAUCCUGAGUGUCUGCAGUGAUCCUUACACUCUAGCUCAGCAACUGACCCAUGUAGAACUGGAAAGACUGAGUCACAUUGGACCUGAAGAAUUUGUCCAAGCUUUUGUGCAUAAAGAUUCUUUGGACAGUACAAAGUCUUGUUUCAGUGAACAGAACAAAACAAAUAACCUCGAAGCUUAUGUGAAAUGGUUCAACCGUCUAUGUUACCUUGUGGCCACGGAAAUCUGCAUGCCAGCCAAAAAGAAGCAGAGGGCACAAGUGAUUGAGUUUUUCAUCGAUGUGGCUCGGGAGUGCUUCAACAUUGGGAAUUUCAAUUCACUGAUGGCAAUCAUCUCGGGCAUGAACAUGAGCCCUGUCUCCAGACUAAAGAAGACAUGGUCCAAAGUGAAAACAGCCAAGUUUUUCAUCCUUGAGCACCAGAUGGAUCCCACAGGCAAUUUCUAUAACUACCGGACAGCACUGAGAGGGGCAGCCCAUCGAUCUCUCACUGCCCACAGUAACAGAGAGAAGAUAGUCAUUCCUUUCUUCAGUCUGCUAAUCAAAGACAUAUACUUUUUGAAUGAAGGAUGUGCCAAUCGCCUUCCAAAUGGACACGUCAAUUUUGAAAAAUUUUUGGAGCUGGCUAAACAAGUUGGGGAAUUUAUAACAUGGAAACAAGUGGAAUGCCCAUUUGAACAAGAUCCCAACAUCACUCACUAUUUACACACAGCUCCUAUCUUCACUGAAGAUGGUCUUUAUCUGGCUUCUUAUGAAAGUGAAAGCCCAGAGAACCAAGUAGAAAAAGAGAGGUGGAAGUCUUUAAGUGGCUGUCACUCACAUCCAGAGGCAUCAAGACUGCCUGGGUUAAUGGUUCCCUUGCCUCUGCAGGCAGAGAGUCAAGCCACGGUGCUACCCCAAAUCUUUGUGAAGCUAACAUGAUCAAAUGGAAACAAAAAAGCCUUCAGCAGGUGCUUCAAGAAGCAGCCUCUAAGUGUGUUCCCAGGACCAUGAAAUGUCAUUGUGUCUAACUCUGUCCAAUCUUAAAUAAAAACUUUGUCCUCCAACAGAGAUAAUCAGACUAGUUGGAUAAUGAGUGCAUUGCAAUCAAAUGCACCAAUUACCAGGACAAGGAGCCUGGGGAGCCUUGAUAUCACAAAUAACACCGCAGGAACUGUCCAUUCAUGACUUCCUUCCUUAAUCAUUGCUUCUCUUUCUGGACUCAAAUCAGAGCAGCAGUUAAGCAUGAAACAGUACUGGCUGCAUCAAUUGUACCUUCAGCUUCUGCUGAUGAAGCACAUUGCUCUGAGAGAUGGGUUUACCUCUAAUUAAGGCAUGUGGGUCAUUCCCUGGUUCUGCUGAUGCUAAGAAAUCUCUUCUGUGUCAUAUGAUGAAAUAUAACUGUGUGAAAGAGGUCAGUGGGCCAAAAUUGAUUUCACUUAGUGGGUAACUCAUAGUUUAAAAUUAGUGGAGUAUAAUUCUGAUGUGAUAUCUGUUGUUAAAAUAUAUAUGUGUGUAUGUGUGUGUGUGUGUGUGUGUGUGUGUAUAGAUACACAUACAUACAUACACACAUAUAUAUAUUUAUCCCUUAAUCCAAGAGAACUUGGUCUAAAUACCCAUAAUAUCAUCAAAUUAGAAUAAAGAGUCUAGUAUCUCAGGGCUCCUAGACAGUCACUGUUUGGAGAUAGAGUGUGCUUGCCAUUUCUUCUCCAUAAGGGUUUAUGUCAUAUAGAUUAUAACAAGCGCAAAACAAUCAUUCACUUAGAAGAAAUAAAUGGAGUACCAUCCUGCAAUGUAAUUAACGUAUCUGCCACAUUCACUCAUAUGCUACACUAAUUACCCAUGUUCAUGUUGGUUUUGUUCCUUAGAAUAUAGUGCAUAGUUCUGUACCUGGGGAAAUGAACAGCCCACAGAAGAACUGAACCAAUCACUUUGACCAUUUUAAUGAUCAAUAAGGAUUGCUUCAUUGAGCAGAAUUGGCCAUGAUGACGUCUAGUCCAUUAGAAAGAGCCAUGUUCAGAGGCUGUGUUUGGGCCCAGACAAACACAUUGGCAGUUUGAGGGAAUCAGUUUCCUGGUAGCAUCCUGGUCAGUCUGAUCUGAAAUAAACCCUGUUUGAAGACUCCCUAGGCAGUCAGCAGUGCUAGGUCUGGGGAGUUCCUUGUCCAUAUAAGACAUGUCACAAAAGCCAAUGUUCAAUCAUAAUCUUUUAUUUCUCCAAUAUAAAACUGAGAUUUCAGAGCCUUUAGAUGUAACCUAUUUGUCUUUCUUCAGGAACUGACCUGGGCCUGUGACCUAACUCCUGUAAUAUCCACAAAAGGCUCAUCCCUAGGAAUACCUGCCAUCUCAAGCCUUUGGGAAUAACAGAAUCUCUACGAGGGCAGUGCCAAUUGACAAUACUUAGUUACCACUUGUCCCUGGGUCUAUAGUUUUUCUAGCACAGAUCCUAUUUUUUGUAUAUCAGAUUGUCACCCUACCAUAUGCUUCUACUGAUGUUGAGAGUUUAAUUUAAGCUCACCAUGGGAAUAGCCCCUGAUAGGUAGACAAAGAUUCAUCACAGUUCCUAAAAGGGAAUACAUUCCAAGAUAAUGAAUGAUUAUUGCAUUUAUAACAGUCUGUUCAUUAUAGGAGUCCCUUAACCAGGUAUAUAUGGUAUUAUUAGGUCAAUCUACCCCUUCAUAAGGCUGAGCUCCCCAGAUAUUCUUUGUGGGGCCUAGAUAAGCUGGGCAAAACUAUCAAAUGUUCUUAUAAUUGGAAGACUUUAUUGGAAUCCUGUCUUGUACAGAAUGAUAAACAUAUCUCCUCUCCCCUUCUGGCAACAUGGGAAAUGAUAUAUCACAAUACAUUACAUUGACUAUAUAAACAAGAAACUUUAGCCACUGAGAACAGUGAGCUUUCUGCAUUUACACUAAAAUCCCCAAGUCUACCCCAGAAGAUCUAUGCAGAAACAACUUUAGAUGUUAAUCAAAGUCAUUAAUUUCCCUGCUUUAUUAACACUUUUUCUUCUAUUGUACCAAUCUAAAUUUGGUAAAGAACAAUUUUGCCAUUCUAUGUGUAGUUUUGGAAGAUCCGUGCCCAAUUUUCUGGUUCCUUAUUCUGGUAUAGUAUCAAACUAUAGUUGUUGAUAACUAAAUACCAUUCAUAUGCAAAUUAAAUGGCUAGUUAUUCAUAUUUCCUAUCCUGCUUUGGCAAAACACAUAUUCCACACUCAAUCACGGUCACCAGAACCAGUGGAUGUAUAUUAUUGAGGGGUUUUGCCUGUAAAAAACAUCUAAUACUGAACCUAUCUUCCAGAACAAAGAGAAUCUAGGCAUAUGCAGCUCAGUGGUAUGCAUCCUGGAGCUCGGGGGAAAGCAAGAUCUUUCCUGAACCCAUAGCAUGAAUUAUUCACAUGUUUUUCACAGUCCAGGCUGCAAAGUGAGUAUGAUAAAAUGAGCCUUCGAGGCUUCUCUCUGGGAAAAAUGCCAAGAGCCCUGCCCAUCUUCAGAGGGAACGAAAAGCAGUUUUGUGGCUCCUCGAUGCCCAUAUCUUGCCUUCCAGCAAAAGUAAGACACUUUCUACAAAGAACACAGAUUCCACAGGUGGCUGCUGAACUUUGAAUAAUGGCUCCAGGUGAUCAAUGGCUUAGCUCCAAGCACAGAAAGAUGGUUCUGCACCCAUUCUGCCUGUAUAUAUAUUCACUGAAUAUGAGGAUAAUAUACAGGGUUCCUUUUCUCCCUUUCUGUAAGAUGCCAAAAGAAAGGGAUUAACAAUAAGAUUAUUUUACUUUAGAAAAGGAUUCAGGACUUUGUUAACAUUUACCUAUUUUUAACAGGAUUUUGUUGUAAAUAGGUUGUUUUAAUAUAUAUAUAUAUACAUAUAUAUAUAUAUAUAUAUAUAUAUAUAUAUAUUAAAACACAAAUGCUUGUUUGUUCAUGAUUAUUAAG